AUGGAAGACUCCCUCACGUCGCCUCUCAGGGCUUCCACAAAGGUCAACGUCGGGUGGCCGGGCAUCGGGCGGGCGGGCGGGCGGGCGGGCGGGCGGGCGGCCGGGUGGGGUGCGGCCGGCCGGGCGGGCGGCCGGGCAAACGGGCCGGCGGCGGGCGGGUGGGCGGGAGGGUUGACAGGAGGCCAGGCGUGCGGUCAGGCGGCGGGCGCGUGGGCGGUCAGGAGGCGGGCUCGAGGUGGGCGAGAGGGCAGUCAGACAGUGGGAGGGCGGUCGGGGGGCGGGCGGAUGGGCGGGCGGGCGGGCGGUCGGGCAACCGGGCGGCCGGGCAUCCGGCGGGCGGGCGGCCGGGCGGCCGGCCGGCCCGGCGGGCGGGCAAAUGGGCCGGCGGCAGGCAGGUGGGUGGGCGGGUUGAUGGGCGGCAAGGCGGGCGGCCAGGCGGCGGGUGGGUGA